CUCAACACCAGCCUCAGCCUACCACGAGGAAAAGCAAUGCCCCGUGAUAGGCCCAAGCGCCCGCUUCGUUGUCUCGCAACAAUGGCGUCUGGAGAGACUCUCGGUCCCUUGGGCCCUGCAUAGCCGCUGAAAGCGAGCUGGAAACGCUCCAUUUCGCAUCCAGCAACUCUGCGUUCGGGCCAGCGCCGCAUGUGCCUCGUUCAAUUGGCUGAGACACCGCCUCGACGAGCGAGAUCACUUGUCUACCGUAUGCGCGGGGCCCAGCAUCAGGUGGCGGGGCAGCAUGACGAACCGAAGUCGGAACGCUGGUCGGAACUGGUGGGCAUCCUCCCAUAUAACAAAUGCAUCCGCGUGUCACUUUCGUCUCUUCUCUGGCUACGCGUCCCUCGAUUUCUCGUGCGCUCUCCUGGUUCCGUCUGAACUUUUGUAGCCGCAGCUAUGCUCGGCCUUUCAACAUUGCUCCCGAGGGACCCCUUCAACUUGGUCGUCCUGGCUGUGGGUGUGCUGAGCGUCUUUGUGCUCGCUACCUUUGCCAUUGCGUUCAAGCCCAAGGGCGAGGCGAGUGCCUUCCAGGCAUAUUUAAAGUUUGCGUAUGCGUGCUUCUUGAAGCCGCAUACUGGAGAUAAGAACGGAGACCAGCAGGAUGCCUUGGAAAGCUUCUACAAGGCCCAGGCGGACGUUUACGAUGCUACGCGUACGCGAUUACUUAGAGGUCGCGAGGAUAUGCUAGGUUUGGUGGCAGCGCAGUUGAAGCACCGUUGUGAAGCUGGACUGAUCUCUCAGAGACCAGUAUGGGUAGACAUCGGCGGCGGGACCGGUCACAAUGUCGAACAGAUGGGGAAAUUCGUAUCUGUCCCUGAAUUCUUCCGCUCAGUUUACGUCGUCGACCUAUCCCCCAGCCUCUGCGACAUGGCACGCAAGCGCUUCACCCGCCUUGGAUGGAAGAACGUCAAAGUCAUCUGCCAGGACGCCCGCACCUUCCGCCUCCAUGAGCACGAGCCGCAAGCCUAUCAGCGCAAGGCGAUGAUCUCACAAGGCCAGAUCAUGCGAGACCUCGAUGAGAACGCUGAUGCUGGUGGUGCUGAGCUCGUGACCAUGAGCUACGCCCUCUCCAUGAUUCCAGAAUUCUACCCGGUCAUUGACUCGAUCUCUUCGUUGUUGAGCACGAACGGCAUUGUUGGUGUUGUCGACUUUUAUGUGCAGAGCAGAGUGGAGUUCAACAGAAGGAAUUACACUGGCGGAGCUAUCAACAGGCACUGCAUGUGGAUUUCUAGGGUCUUCUGGCGGACGUGGUUCGAGAUCGACCGUGUCAAUCUUGAGGCUGCUCGUCGUGACUACCUCGAAUACCGUUUCGGCACCGUCCUCAGCGUCAACGCUCGCAACCAUUUCUUUGGCGUCCGAAUGCCAUACUAUAUCUGGGUCGGUUGCUCGAAAGACAGCGGUGCCUCAACCACGAAGCUCGCUGAAAUUGAUGCUGCUGCGACCGAAUCACCCUACCUGUCCGCUCUUGAUCUUCGAACUGGGCCCGCACCUGCGGAUGUCGAAGUCCGAUCCAAGGCCUACGAAUCAGCCAUUGUGAAUCUGCAGUCUAGCCUUCCUCUCCCUGCUACUUGGUACCAGAACCACCACUGGCGAAUACACUACGACGAGAGCCUACCCAAGCACACCAGAUUUAACGACUCGUACAUCUAUGCAUUCACCUGGGAAGAUGACCGCGCUGACGCCCGCCUGCUCAAAGUGACCCCCGACGAUGUCGUCCUUGCGAUUACCUCUGCCGGCGAUAACAUCCUAUCUUUCUGCCUCGAGGCCCCCCGCCGGGUCCACGCCGUCGACCUGAACCCCUCGCAAAACCACCUCCUCGAGCUCAAGGUCGCUGCCUUCACCGCGCUUCCCUACCCCGAUGUCUGGAAGCUCUUCGGCGAGGGCAAGCACCCGGACUUCCGGGAUCUUCUCAUCAAGAAGCUUAGCCCGCAUAUGAGCUCCACUGCUUUUCAGUACUGGCUCAAGAAUGGACCGAGUGUCUUCUCUAGUGACUCCAGCAAAGGUCUCUACUACUCUGGCGGCUCCGGCAACGCCAUCGCCCUCUGCGGCUGGCUCUUCCGCCUCCUCGGCCUCACCACCGACGUGCAGAAGCUCUGCGCUGCCCAGACCCUCAACGAGCAGCGCGAAAUCUGGAACCGCAGUCUGAAGGGCCUCAUUCACAGCAAGCUCCUCACCUGGACCGUUUUUUCCAACGAAAAGUGGCUCUGGAAAGCCCUCGGCGUGCCCCCCGCCCAGCGCGCCGUCAUCGAAGCCGACUCCAAGAAGGGCGCCGAAUUCGAUACCGCCACAGCUGAGCGCACAAAUAGCGGCAACGCCAUCUACGAAUACGUACUGAACACAUUUGAGCCCGUAGUCACCACCACCCUGCUGAGCACUUCCAACCACUACUACCUUCUCACCCUCCUCGGCCACUACACGCCGUCCUCCCACCCGACCUACCUCUCACCAAAAUCGCACGUCAAACUCUCCCGCCCCGCCGCUUUCAACGGCCUGCGCAUCCACACCGACGAGAUAUCAGAGGUGAUUGCACGCAUGCGGCCCGGCACGCUCACCAUCGUUGUCGUCAUGGACAGCAUGGAUUGGUUCCCGCCGACAGGGACGCAGGCGGGGAAGCAGAUCCGCGCGCUGAACCGCGCGUUGAAGAUCAAGGGUCGCGUUAUGUUAAGAAGUGCGGGGCUAGAGCCGUGGUAUUUGAGGUCGUUUGAGGAGUGUGGGUUUAGCUGUAAGAGGGUUGCGGUUAGGGUGCCGGGGGCAUGUAUUGAUCGGGUGAACAUGUACGCCAGCACGUGGAUAUGCACCAAGGAGGUGAAUCUCGAGCGCGAGGACGCGAAGGUGAACUUGAGGAAGAACUCGAUGGGCGAGCUGACAAUCGGCGCGCCGGCGAUUAGGUAGGUGCGGAACACCCGCUCUUGAGAUUCGGGGAUGAGACGGGAUGAGGCGAGAGGGGAUGGGAUGGGAUGGGAUAAGAUGCUGGGGAUGAUACCAUAUGCUUUGAUCCAUACGUUGUUAUUCCUGUUUUUGUGGUUUGUUACGAAAGCGUCAAAGAGCACUUUAGUAUGUGUGGUAGACGAUAGAGACUAUUGAGGCAGGGAUAUGUACCCUUGAACAAG